AUAUUGUGUUAAAAUGGGACAGUGCGCAGUAGCCGUGUAGCUAAUGUUCACAUGACGAAUGAAAGCUAUGGCGGUUUGUUUGGUAACCUAACGUUAGCUAACCUCUCCAAAGUCACAGAGAUGGUCGCUAGCUAACGUUAGCAUGACAGACCCUCGGCUGCCGGGUGUCAAGUGACAGCCCGGCCAUAGCCGCGGUCACUCACCUUGCCCUUUUCUCUUGUGUCACUGGUUACAGCUGUUUCACACAAGAUGCGAUUAAUUCAAAAGAGCUCAACAUCACGAAGGAAACGGUAAACGCAGAGUUAACUCGACUUUCGUCGUGAGCAGCGAAUUCUUGUUUGUGAACAACAGAGCGAGUUGUCAGGGUUUCCCUCCGCCCCUGUGCCGGGAAAAGGAAUUACGGCCAGGGAAUUGAGUAAGCUGCUAUUCAAAGCCAGCAUGAGGAGAAACCGGCGUAUCUUCUGUAAACUUCCGCUGCCCUCUCUGAGAGGACAAUGACAAGAACAUGAUCAGCGCCGAUGGCUUCUCAAAAUGCGAGGCGACUCUGCGAGAGAGCGGCAGGAGGAGGAGGCCACCAGCAGAGAUGCUCCAUCUGCUGUCAGCGGUCGUUAUUUGGCUGGUGACGGGCACCACCAUCUCCAGCCUCAACAAAUGGAUAUUUGCAGUGUAUAACUUCAGGUAUCCUCUGCUGCUGUCAGCACUACACAUGCUGACAGGCAUAGUGGUGGCCUAUGGGCUGAUCAAACUACGGGUGAUCUGCCACAGAGGGGUCGGAGAGCAGGACCUGACCCCCAAUGCCAAAUGUAAGGUGUUCCUGUUGAGUCUAACAUUCUGUGCCAGUAUCGCCUUUGGAAACAUGGGGCUGAACUGUGUCCAGCUGUCAUUUGCACAAAUGAUCUAUACCACCACCCCACUCUUUACUCUGGCCAUCUCCACGUUGAUCCUGGGCAAGCAGCAUCACAUCCUCAAAUACACAGCCAUGAUGCCCAUCUGUCUGGGAGCCUCCUUCAGCAUCAUGGGAGAAGUCCAGUUUGAUCAGAUCGGCUGCUUCUUUGUGUUCGCAGCGACCAUGCUGAGGGGUGUCAAGUCCAUUCAGCAGAGCAUCUUACUUCAGGAGGAGAAGAUCAACUCUGUGUUCCUGCUCUAUCUGAUGUCCAUUCCUAGCUUCUGCAUCUUGGCUGUGGCCGCUCUGGCCUUAGAGAACUGGGCCAUGCUGGAGUCGCCGCUGCAUUACGACCGCCGCCUGUGGGUCUUCAUCUUGCUCAGCUGCCUGGGCUCAGUCAUGUACAACCUGGCCAGCUGCUGCGUCAUCACGCUCACCUCAGCUGUCACUCUGCACAUCCUGGGCAACCUGAGCAUGGUGGGAAACCUGCUGCUGUCUCAGCUGCUUUUCGGCAGCGAACUCUCAGCCCUCAGCUGCACCGGCGCAGUGUUGACGUUGUCUGGAAUGCUCAUCUAUCAGAACUCAGAGUUCAUCGUCAGCUACCUGGAUGCACGCAGGGCCAAAGCUAAACGGUCCAGGCAGGUGGACUUUCACCCUCCAUGCGGUCAGGACUUGGACAAAGCUAGUGCACCUGAACCAAGAUAUCAUCAGCAGAGAACUGAUGAGAGAGACAAAAUAGACUGAAGUGGGAGGAUGAAGGAGAGAAUAAAAUGUUGAAGGUCAAAAUAAUAAAAACCCAGGCUGGA